AUGGAGGCUUCUGAAGAGUUGAGAAAGGAGCUGACAGCUUUAAAGCUGGAAAAUGCAAGGUUGCAUCGAGAGCUGCAAAAUAGAGAAAGAGAGCAGGAGAAAAGGUAUCCGCUUUCUCUUGAAGAGUUCAGACGCUAUGGGAGGCAGAUGAUUGUUGAGGAUACGGGAGGUGUAAGCGGACAGAUAAAGUUGCGUAAUGCCAAAGUUUUAGUUGUUGGAGCCGGAGGAUUGGGUUGUCCUGUGCUGCCUUACCUAGCUGGCGCAGGUGUUGGAGUGAUUGGGAUAGUUGACAACGAUGUAGUUGAUACCUCGAAUCUCCACAGACAGGUACUUCACAACUCGACGACAGUUGGAAUGCUGAAAUGCGAAUCCGCGCGCCGGGUUCUCAAUAAGCUGAACCCAUUCGUUGAGGUCAGAACGCAUCCUGUAAGGCUGAGUAACGCGAAUGCGUUUGAAAUUUUCGAAUUUUAUGACAUUAUACUUGACGCUACCGAUACGCCUUUGACAAGAUAUUUGAUAUCGGAUGUUGCUGUUAAUCUUGGCAAGACAGUGGUAUCUGCGUCCGGUCUGGGCACAGAAGGGCAGCUUUGUAUCCUAAAUUACAAUAAUGAGGGACCCUGCUACAGAUGCUUUUAUCCAAAGCCGCCGACCCCAACUUCCGUUACCUCGUGCCAGGAGGGUGGUGUUAUUGGGCCUUGCAUCGGCCUAGUGGGGACAAUGAUGGCCGUAGAGACGUUGAAAUUGAUCCUGGGAGAGUAUGAAAAAAUUGGCUUUCAGCCUUUCCUGAAGACGUACUCUGGCUUCCCCGAACAGGUCUUGCGCACAUUCAGGAUGAGAGGCAAGCAAAGCAAUUGUGCCUGCUGUGGCCAAACCCCGACAGUAACGAGAGAAUCGAUUGAAUCGGGUCUCAUAGACUAUGAUGCCUUUUGUGGUUCGAGAAACUAUGACGUCUGUACCUCGGAAGAGAGAAUUACUGUGGAGAAGUUUGAGAGAGAAUACAGGACUCGUUCGGAUUCAAACUACAUACUGCUAGACGUGAGACCUCGCCACCAUUAUAAAAUCUCUCACUUGUCAGACUCACAUAAUGUUACUGUAAAGGAACUGAGGGAUAUGGACGGUGAAUUGGAAAAGCUACAAGCUCACAUACCCAACAUCAGCAAAGAUAGUGAGGUCGUGGUGAUGUGUCGCUAUGGAAACGAUUCUCGACUCGCAACGAGGCUUCUCAUUGAUCGAUUCGGCAUUCCUAGUGUCAAGGAUAUCAGCGGAGGACUGUUCAAGUACAUUGAUAAGGUUGAUCCAUCAAUUCCUAAGUACUGA